UAACGAAAUUAAAUGAAUCGGUGAUUAGAAGAAAAAAAGACACCUCCGAUCUCGGGCGAGAGAGAGCGAGACGAUCUGUGAGAAAAGAUACGGAGAGAAUGGAUCAGAUCUUGAACAAGGUAGGCUCUUACUGGUUAGGUAAAAAAGCGAACAAGCAGCUCGAUUCCGUCGGUGACGAUAUCAACUCUCUGUCUACGAGUAUUGAAGGUGGAACAAAAUGGUUGGUGAACAAAAUCAAAGGAAAAAUGCAGAAGCCAUUGCCUGAGUUACUAAAGGAGUUUGGUUUGCCUGUUGGGAUCUUUCCACGUGACGCAACCAACUACGAGUUCAAUGAACAGACGAGGAAACUAACCGUUUUCAUUCCAUCAAUCUGCGAAGUUGGCUACAAAGAUUCAUCAGUCUUGAGGUUCACCACAACAGUUACAGCUUUUCUUGAGAAAGGAAAGCUUGCGGAUGUUGAAGGGAUGAAGACAAAAGUCAUGAUAUGGGUUAAAGUCACAAGUAUCUCUGCUGAUUCUUCAAAGGUACAUUUCAUGGCUGGGAUGAAGAAAAGCAGAAGCCGAGAUGCUUAUGAGGUUUUAAGAGAUGGCGUUGAGAUUGAUAAAUUCUAGCUAGCUCUGUUUUUGCUGGUUAUAUUACCUAUUCUUUUAUCCUCUUUCUCCAUUCUCUUAUCUUCUUAAGUUUCAAGCUUCUCUUUUGUUUGAAAAAAAAUUGGUUUUUGUAUAUGGUGAGCUUCAGUUCUGUUGGAGUUCUUGAAUUUGAUAUACUGAAGAAGAUGGUAUAUCAGUACACCAAACGAUGUUCCUA